AUGACGUCGGUCUCUGAGCGCUCCGAGUCCUCGGACUCGCGCUGCGGAGACCCGAGUGAGAUGCCUCUGAUCCAGCUGUGCGGGCUGGUGGAAGACCUCAGCUAUGGAAUCUCUGCCCUCAAGACAGAGACAGUGAUGUUUGAAAAGUACUACAAUAAACUGGAUCCCAGGGAUCAGAAAUAUCCUCGAUUAUCAGAUAUUAAAAUGACAGGACAAGAAUAUGCACAGUUCCGGAGCAGGCGUCAAUCCAGAUCCCGACCAGACCGAACCAUAGGCCUGACCAUCGAGCAGAAAUGCCAAAUGAUGCAGAGGGAGCUGGAGGACACCAAGGAAACUAUCCGGCACAUGCGCGCCAACGCGGAGCGUGACCUGCAGUACCAUGAGGCUAUAAUUGAGGAAGCGGAAAUUCGGUGGGCAGAAGUUCAGAAAGCAAUGUCUGAUUUUGAAAAAGAUAUUCUGACGACCAUAUCCAAGAAGAAAGGCAGCAUUCUGGCCACUCAGAAAGUGAUGAAGUACAUUGAAGACAUGAAUCGACGGAGAGAUGAUAUGAAGGAUAAAUUACGUUUGAAAAAUGUUUCUCUCAAAGUCCAGAAGAAAAAAAUGCUUUUACAGCUGAGGCAGAAGGAAGAAGUGGGCGACGCCCUCCACGAGGUCGACUUUCAGCAGCUGAAGAUCGAGAACGCUCAGUUUUUAGAGAUCAUUGAAACGAAAAACAGUGAACUGGUUCAGCUGAAGCUGGUCUCUGGAAAUGCCCUGCAUAUUCUCAGCAUGCACAAAAGCCGACUCCACCAAGCCCUGGAACUGUCCUCCCAACUGGACAAGGAGAUCCAGCUGAGAGACGAGUUACUUAAAAAAGUCGAGAAAGAGAGUGUCCAAGCAGAGGAGGGCCGGGCCAAAGCUGAGACCAUAAACAAGAAACUCCGGAAGCAGCUGGCGGAGUUCCGGGCACCACCCGUGAUGAUGUAUGUGCAAGAGAAGAUCCGGAACGGGGACCUGGAGAAGACCAUCAAGAUGUGGGAGAGGAAAGUGGAGAUCGCAGAGCUGUCCUUGAAAGGCUACCGCAAAGUUUGGAAUCAAAUGAAAACAGCCAAUGAAUACUUGCAGGUGGCCAGCUCGCUGGGAAACAGCCCGAGGGAGGUCAGCGAGGACUCCCUCAAAGUCAUCCAUUAA